GAAUUCGCAAGUUGACAAAACAUGACGUCUUUCCAAUUUGUUGCGGAUUGCUGAAUCCAACAAUUUCAAUAGAUAAAUUUCACAAACCUACAAAUUCUAUCUAUCCCCUUAAGUCAGCGACAAAUAUAUUGCUAUUGCGAUAUGCUGGUUGAAUACGCGACUUUUCUUCAAUAUUACACACGAGAGGGAAAAUAUUUGAUUGCAUUGGGGAAUCAGCUUUAUAUCACGUAUGAUGAAUGAAUGUAUCAGAUCAACCGACUCUUAUGCCACAACACAAGCAGAAAACAUUCAAGGCUGCAGUGGAAGCGAGGAACAAUCAGGAUUCGAGAUUAGCGACAAAAACUACAACAAAUGGAUCCGAGAUGAAUAUGUGAAAGAACACGGUCAUAUCAGCGUCAAGAAUGAUUCAAAUAAAAAUCAUUUUUGGAAAAUGGAUAGAACAUCCUCACAAAAGAAGCCGAGUUGGACAUUUGCAACGCCUUCUGAAGAUGGACAACUCUAUAUUACAUACAACAUGAAUGAAAACGGUAAUGAAGUCACAAUGGAAUACCCGAUGAAAAAGCAGGGCGAAAAGGGAAUUAAUUUCACUAUGGUAUUGCAAGCUGGUGGAAGAAUGUUGUUCCGUGCUGAGUCCUCGCCGAACCGUUAUCUUGUGCAAAAUCAAGACGGUCAAUUAGGGAUGAAAACAACUGAUGAUCCCACUGAUGAAAUGGAAUGGAUGAUCAGCUUUACCACACCUCCAUUCGACACACUGAGCACACCAUCGCGGUAUAGUGCACAGAUAAAAAAUGGCACUCAGUCCAAAAAAUGGAAAUCUUCUGGUUUUGCUGAAAACCAUCCUGUUCAGCAAAUACAAACCAGUAGCCCGGAGAACUGAACAAUUACACUCGGUACCGGUAACAUUCUUAAGUUCUCAUCUGGAAGUUGGUACAUCAAUAAAUAUCUACUUUUUGGGAAUUCGAGCAGUGCGACAAAUUUCCAAUAUACCAAAGCGGGACCAGGAGUUACACUUCUUUGUAACGACAACAAACAAUACAUUUAUGGUCCAGAAGAUGACGGGGAUUUGGAGUGGAAGAUAUCGGUUUCCGAAGCUACGGUUUGGGAGCUACUUAUAAACAUGUAGCAUUUAUUGGUUGCCGAGCAACCAUCCUUCUUUCCAAAAUACCCAUCGAGAAGAGUGAAACAGUGUAAACUGUGCGCAACUGGGACGAGCUAACAGAGCUAAUAGCUAAUUAAUAACACAAUCCUAUUCAACAAUCCUUGUUUAUUGUAAAUGUUGUGUAAUGAGCCACGGAUGCGCCAUUUUAAAACAAACUCUCAAGUUAACAAAAUCAUUAUCGUAACAGAAUAUAUAUUUCAGUGGUGUGCAUCAGGCCGCACACGGGCCACAACUAUGCCCGCUGGGCCAUGUAAUGUGGCCCUAUUCAACACUUCAAUUUUUUUAUUAUUAAAUAAAAACACGCUGGCAUGGGCAUAAAUAAAUGAUUUUUUUCUCUUGUCUCUUGCUGCAUUUUUAUGUGGCCCAGCUGGAUUUCUGAAGUUGGUUAUAUGGCCCACAGACAAAAAUGUUGCACACCACUAAUCUAUUGCAUUAUAUUUAAAAAUAUUUACGUAUAUAUCAAUCUUUUCAUAUUUCUACGAAAUAAUUAAUUGAUGGCUACAGCGUUAGUUAGAAAUAUUUGACAAUAGUGUUAAAACGUCAUUUUAGCUUGCUAUUCAGGACCGUGGUUUGUAAAAAUGAGAUGUCAAUUAGUGACCACGAAUAUUGUAAAUACAACUAAAUGCUGUAUGUGUUAAGUAUAUUCACGUUACAAAAUUAGAUCGUUUUGGGGUAAGUGCCGAGAAGAAUCGAUAAACGUUAUUUUUAUCCUAUUUCAGAACUAGGAAGAAAUUAAUUAAUUUUCGCCAAAAUAUGGGAAUACAAUAUUUUUAUACUGAGAAGUGGCACCCACAUGGGGUACUUAAUACAAACUCGUGGUCUUGUCGUCGAGAACGUGUCAAAAGCAUAAUUGAUAUGUAUUAGUUAUGUUGUUAUGUAACUACAAAACUACACCAAAUUGGCCCAAUUCGUGAAAAAAACGUAUGAAAAACAGAAUUGAUUAUUCCCGCAAUAGCAAUUAUCGUUUUUUCAAAAUCCAAUUUCAAAUUUUAAUAGCCUUUCGGUGCCAUCUCAUGUAAAAAUAAAUUUCAUUUCCAGUAAAAUUAUAAUAGCGUAAAUUCGAAACAUUCUGGUAAAAACUAAUUCACUAUAUUUACACUAACCUGUUUGCGAUCUGGUUGCGAUAUAUGUGGAAUCUCUAAAGAAUAAAAACUGAAUUGCAAGCAGUCAGGAGUAAUAUGUAUGAAAAGAGGUACAAGAUUGUGAAUAUUCUACAAAGUUUAAUGUAACAGCACCAGUAUAAGGUUUAUUCAACGUUAGGAAACGACGACAAAGGGUGCUGGGUCGGGUUGUUAGUUUAUUCUUUGGAGCAAUAACGAGCAGUCAAUAGGCCAUGCACUCAAGUAAUACGCGAAAUGUUUUAUUCGCUUCUUAAAUGGAGAGAAAAAUAAAUGUUUAUAAAUGUUUUUAUAUCAACAUUUAUGCUGGUCGUCGAAAGUUUUUACCUGGCAUACAAUGUUUCGUCUCUCAAUCUGUUCCUUGUAUAAUAUUUCAGACUCUUUACAAGGGAGAAAGUGCUUUCAUAAAUGAAGCGCCCCCGAACAUUGAUAACAUGCCGUUUUAGAUUAUAUUCUUUUGGCGCCGACAUAACUUGCAGCUCAGUUUUUAGUUGCCUAUGUAGCCUAUAGAGCAGCGGUUCCCAAACUAUGGGUCGCGACCCACUGGUUGGUCGCAAAAGGAAUCUUAGUGGGUCGUGGAAAGAUGUAAAAAGCUUUGAUUUUUUAUACUGGUUAUUAGGACCGGUGGCGACUCGAAUACGUAACGAGAUGGGUCACCAUAAGCUGUAGUAAUAAAUAGUGGGUCCCAACUCUAAAAAGUUUGGGAACCACUGCUAUAGAGAUAUUGUUAACAAAUAUUCCCGAAGAAGGAGAUAUAUAGAAUCAAUUUGUAGAAGUUUUAAGUCAGUCAAAUGUGUCGAAAUCGAAUAACUGACUUUUAAACCAGUUUAGGCUGGCCAAGAAUACUAUUCAAUUACGCCACCAAAGUCACUUUUGUCCACUGGCUGUCUCAGCUAUCUCUGUCACAAGUAAAUCAAACGACAUCAGAAAUGCGACAAUGUGUCAGAAGAUUUUCCCGGUUGUUUUCAUGACGAAACAAUACUAAAAUGCUAUUUUGUGGUCAUCACCAGUUGUUACCUAUCAGAAAUCAGAAAAUGUGGCCUGGGUAUAGACUAAGUAUGCUGUAGGCUAG